GUGACUCACGCUUCUUUGACGUAUAUUUUUAUUUUAUUUUCAAAUAAUUCAGUAUUAUUCCUGUAAUAUAAUAAUUAAGUUUAAAGUAAUAGAGUUGUGUUUAUAUUAUUAUGUUUGUUAAUAUAAGAUAAGAAGGUCAUAAGCUUGAAGAAAAAGUGAUUGUUGUGCGUGUUUAUUUUACGUAAGGAACAAAACAAAAGGUUACGAUGGCCGAAAAGAAAAUUCAAGAAAACCCGCUCCCAGAAGACCAACCAGCAGAGACAAUGGACAAACCUAAAGACAUGGUACCAAAACCUGUCCCAGACAAACCUGCCAUUAGUGUACCAGUACCAGUGGUCACUGCACCCGAGGUGACUCCUCGGCUGACUACUCCAGUGUUCUCCAAGACUUCUCCAAAUGACCUAUAUAGGAGACUAUUGCCUGCUAUGCUAUUUGUCCUGACUUUUGUGACCGUUAUGACUAUGUUACUGAUCUAUAUGGAUACAGUUGCACUGGGCGCCCAGAAGUUCCGCGCGAACAUGUCUCGAGACUACGAGCUGGCGAACAUAGCGCAGGGCUCCGCGGCGCUGGUGGCCUUCGUGCAGCAACUACACCUGGCGCCGCGACACGUCACGCCGCCCUCGCACCCGCCGCCCGAACCCACGCCGCAGGUUGAGGUCAUGGACAGACUCUUUGGUGAAAUUUAUAACGGCACAUUCGUGGAGUUCCUGCCCCGCGGGCCGCGCUCUCAGACGUCGGAGUACCUGGAGCGCGCGCGCGGCUGGGACGGGCUGGUGGUGCGCGCGGCGGCGCGGGACUACCUCGCGCUGCGCGGCGCCGCGCGCGCGCUCCACGCUUGUCUCAGCCCCACCGCACAUCCCAGGGAGGUGACGUACGCGGAGUCGGAGCGGCCGGAGCCGGUGUUCCGGUCGCGCGUGCUGUGCCUGCCGCUGCUGACGGUGCUGCUGGCGGCGGACGCGGCGGCCGCGCGCCUGCUGCAGCUGGCCGGCCCGGCCGCCGCGCCCGCGCUCGCCGUGCUGCCCUUCCACGACCCGCGCCUGCAUCUACAGAUGAUAGAAGUGGAAUUCACAGACGACACAAUCCGUAACAAGACGACACAGUUCCUUCUGUCCAAAAACUACACAGUGGCGGCCUCUUUCGACACUAGCGUCAUGUACGUACUCAACAACUCCACGCAACACUGAGCGACACUAGAGGGCGCUACUGGCACUUUAAAGUACCCCCCCUUUCUUUAUUUCGUAAGUACAUAUAUAUAAGAUGUUUACUCGUGUUUCGUAUAUAUUACAAACAAAUUAAUUGAUGUUUUGUCAUUAAUGUAAUUAUUACAAUCGAUUCUGUUGUUCACUAAAUCAAAUGUUCAAUUAAAUAAUCGUGAUUGUUAAUCAAAUGUUUGAGAUAUUGUUCUUUUAAUCAGAUUUUAGUUUUCGUCACGUUCUAGUGAAAUUAAGUGAAUGUUCUAUCAAUUGAAUGUUAAUUGUUCCAAGUGUCAGUGGUGCCAUCUGUCGUGCGUCUCGUAAUAUGAGCACAAAAUAACACAAAAAGAGAUCUUAACUGUAAUAAUAAUGAUUUACUAUUAAUUUUAAUUUAACGUAUCUCAGUGAAGGCGGAAACUUUUCAUUUAAAUAUGUGAUUUAAUUUAGUAUUAAUUUUAAGUGAUUUUUAUUCUGUAAUUUGAUGUUCAUUCGGUCGAUUUGUUUUCUGUGGUUUUGAUGUAGACAUAAGGCCGUCGUGGCCAAAAUGUUCAAUAAUUUUGGAAAAAUAAAUUGAAUUGUUAAAUAUUGUCAUCUAGGGGUCUCGUUCUAAUACGAUUUUGAUUAAUGUUUUAAGCAAAAUCGUACAUUUUUGAACCGUAUGAUAUCAAUCGAGUAAAGUUAAAUAAACUUUUAGUUAAAGAGACUCCUGGUCAAAAUGAAUGAUAGUUAUAUUACCAGUCAAAGUGCCUUAACACUUGGUUUACAAAGCAAAUUCGAACCUGCACUGUUUUACCUACACUCGUAGAUUAUGAUAGAUACUAAUUUGGCUAUGAACGAAAGAAAAUGUUGUGAAUGAUUGAUACAAGUUGAAAUGUUUCAGUAACGUACUUAUUUUUGUUGAAUGUUGAAUAGAGACUUCUUUUUUAUUGUCUAUAUUAAUUAUGGUGGGUUUUUUCUACAAUGCCUAUUCAGGCGGUGACAUUUAAAGCUUAUUACUAAGAAUAUCACCAAAUGGAAGAAUAUAACGUAUCACAACUCCUAUAAUAUGAAAAUGAAUCGCUGAAUCUGUUGAUAUAUU